UAACUCGCAGACUUGGUAGGCGGUUGGCAGACACUUCCUCGCCGAGUAGGUCAAAAUAAAAGGUAUUUAUGCCCGUGUUGAUACCGAACGCAGCAAGAGAGCUCUCUGGCUGGCACGGAAUCACGGCCGUGGCGCUUGCUCAUGGGCUGUGAUGCGCAGUCCAUGCCACUUGAUCGUGCAUGGGGGGCUAUGAAUACAGCAAGAAGAGCGCACGACGCAGAAAAGAGCCCCAAAUCGCUCUGUCAAUGACACCAUCGGAUUUCAUUGGGUGGCCAACCAAGUAGAACCCCGAACGACACUGUACUGAAUGAGUGGUUAACGGCUGGUAGGUCUCGAUUUUGGUCGCCCUCUGUACCGUGCAGCCAGGUUCUGUAUGCGAGAUGAUCUUUCGGGGCAAGUCUCGAACCUCAGAAUACAUCAGCCACCGAAUCCCGUGUCAACCUUCAGCGUCUCAGUAUGCAUAUCCAGCGUCCGCGGGCGUGGCCUGCCAGAGCGCAGGCCAGAAUCAUGUCCCAAAGGGCCCCCCGCCCCGCCCCAAAGGGGUGUCUUCCUCCAUUUUGGAGCCUCAUAUCCAUCAGCCAACAAAUCGCUUGCCUUUCCCCAGCGUCUGGAAGCACCGCAAGAUAAAGCUCCCGCAGAUCUGGUUUGCAGAGUCGUGCAUGCAAUCGAAUCAUGGCCUAAAAGAUAUCUUCAUCCGUUCGAUCCUGCAAUGCACGCAUGUGCGCCUGCACAAAGCCCAACCAUCUCAGCCAGCAUGCUGCGGGGUGCGUUCUUAUCUGGAUGUCGUACAAACCCUCAAGAAAUAGGCCUCGAGGUGAUCAUUCUGCACGGUCCGCCAUCUCGACUGAUUUUCGACCGCAUGAGUAUCAGCCUUGUAGGACAGGUCCGGUUCCGAGAAGAAAGUCUGAGCUGCGGAUCGUACAUACAUGAUAUGUUGUCUUGAUUGAAUACAGGAGAAGAUGGAAUGGAGCUUGCGGAGUGCUCCCCGCGACGUCUGUCGAGAGCGAGAAAAUUUCGCUUGGCACCAGCGAGCCAAGGAUGUUGGAGCUCUCAUCUUCAGGGGCUGAGCAGCUGUUGCUGAAUGAGUUGACAGUGCAUGCAUAAAAACACAGCUGGUUGGCAAUCAUUUGUAGGAAACCUUGCUAUUGCGGCUCUGCG